AGGGAGGAGGAGAAGCGAGGAGGGGGGGGGAAUCGAACGGGAAGCGCUCGAUUUAGCCAAGGGGCUUCUCUAUUUUCGCUUAGAUCUCGAUCGAUGGGCUCUAUUUUGGUCUAGCCGGCGAAGAAGCCAAUCGAUCCGAGUGAGUUUUUAGACCGGUGGAAGCGCUCGGGGGAAAGGAAGAAAGAAAAAAAAAACCUCCAGGCGCGCCCCCGCGUGGGAAGGCACCCCCCCCCCUCUCUCUCUCUGCCCGGCGAGCGAAGGAAAGCCCCGCAGCCUCCUCACCAGAGGGCAGGGCAGGGCGCGCAGGCGGCGGCGGGCCUCCCGUCUCCACCCCGGGAGGCUGGAUGGGGCCAGGCAGCGGCUCGUCCCGGCCGGGAGGUGGCGGCGGUGCCAAAGCUGCCUCGGAGCCCGGCGCCAGGACGGAGGUGCCGGCCACGCUCUUGGCUUAGACCCGCCGAGCAGGAGGAGGAGGAGGAGGAAAAGAAGGCAGCUCGGCGGCCCGGGCGCGCGCGCCCGCUCCGCUUUGCGGUUGUCCCGGGGAAGGGAGGCCGCGAGGAAGCCCUCUCGCUGCGUCUGCUCGCCUGGCUGCCUGGCUGGCUGGCAAAAUGGGCUGGAGCCGGGAGAUCGGCGGACCCGGAGCCCGGCUUCUGCUCCUGCUGCUACUGUUGCUGGUGCUCCUAGCCGGGCAGCAGCCGAGCGCCGGCCGGAAACCUCCGAAGAGAAGAUGCGCUUCGGGCUGCACCUGCACCAAGGACACGGCGCUGUGCGAGGGGGUCAAGGAGAUCCCCCGCGAUCUGCCCCCGAACCUCAUCUCCCUGUGUCUUAUUCGAUCUGGGUUCACUGAGGUCUUGGAAGGCAGUUUUCAACAGGUGCCAUCUCUCCAGCUGCUCUUGAUCACUUACAACUCUUUGGAACUGAUUGGGGACGAUGCUUUUGUGGGACUUGUGCACCUGGAAUAUCUAUUCAUUGAACAAAACAGACUAGAAGCCAUCUCCAAGAAUGCCUUCAGAGGCCUGAAGAGUCUUCUUCAUCUGAAUUUAGCCAACAACAACUUGCAGACCUUACCAAGGCACCUCUUCCGAGGCCUGGAUUCGCUGACUUCAGUGGACUUGCGGGGAAAUGCUUUCCACUGUGACUGUAAGCUGAAGUGGCUGGUGGAAUGGUUGAGCCACACCAGCGCCUUGGUGGAACCCAUUGAGUGCCACUCGCCGGCUGAGCUGAACCGCACCAGUCUCAGCGAGCUCCGGCCUGGAGGGUUCAGCUGCAUCACCACUGAACUUGUCCUCUUUGACACUUUGCCAGAGCAGUCACUUUCAAUAGAAACAUUCGUCUACCAUGAUGAGGAGAAUUUGGUGAUUGCACAGCCCUUUACUGGACGGUGCAACUUCUUGGAGUGGGACCACGUGAUUGGGAAAUUUCGCAGCUAUGCCACUAUCAAUGGUUCUUCCACUGUGGUCUGCAAACCUUUGGUGAUUGAAGGUGAACUUUUUGUGGUGGUAGCUCAGCUCUUUAGAGGGUCCCACAUCUACAAGCGACAGGAAGCUACAGGACAGUUCCUGCACACCCAGGUCAUUGAGAGCUCCCGUAUCCGCAAGCCCAAUGACAUUGAGGUCUUCCGAAUGGAGGGAGACUGGUAUUUCAUCAUGGCGGACAGUUCCAAGGCUGGCUCGACCACGUUGUAUCGCUGGAACGGUCACGGCUUCUAUUCCCACCAGUCCUUGCAUUCUUGGUAUCGUGACACAGAUGCUGAAUUUCUGGAGAUUGCUGGCAAGCCUCACCUCAUCUUGGCCAGCAGCUCUCAGCGCCCUGUUGUCUAUCAGUGGAACAAGCAGCAAUUUGUGCGCCGUACAGACAUUCCUGAUAUGGAUGAUGUCUAUGCUGUCAAGCAUUUCAAGGUCAAGGAUGACGUGUACAUUUGUCUGACACGGUUCCUUGGAGAUUCCAAGGUGAUGCACUGGGAUGGUUCCAUGUUUCGAGACGUCCAACAGAUGCCUUCUCGCGGAUCCAUGGUCUUCCAACCGUUGAGCAUCUCCGGCUAUCGCUAUGCCUUUCUUGGCAAUGACUACUCCUUCAGCAAAGUCUACCGCUAUGACCCCAUCACUGGCCUCUUCCAGCACUUCCAGGAGCUCAAUACCCAGGCCCCACGUUCCUUUGCCCACCUCAACGUUGACAAGCAAGACUUCCUGAUUGCCUCCAGCUUCAAGGGCAAGACACAUAUUUACCGCCAUGUCAUCAUAGAUCUGAGUGCCUGAGCCUAGCGACAGUGGGGCUGGGGGGCAUUGAUCAAGAGUAGGAGGCAGCUACCGCAGGGAGAAGCAGUCCAGGAGAAGACCGCUGGCUCCUGGAAAGUGCAGUACCAGAGGCAACCACAAGGGGGACAGCAUUGGACGUAAAUGCAGUUGUGGGUGCACUUCUCCAAUGGCACAAGACACCAGCUGGCCACCAGGUGGGAGCUAGGCAACUUAAGAGCCAUAAUCAAUCACUAGCAAAUGCAACUUGAAUGGCAGCAGAAGUCAGCAGAUUUUUCUUUUCUUUUGACCUGCCAAAUGAUGAUAAACUGAUGCUGCUAUUGCAGGAAAGGGCAGAUAGCUUGCAGUUUUGCAGUGGGGCUAACUCAGAAACCCUCACCAACAAGGCAGAAGUCAACCCUCUCCAGAAUUGCUCGGAAUUUCCAUUCUUUUCCCCCGUUCUAUCAUUUCCUAACAAGGAUGAGGUUGAUUCAGUUGAAUUUUCUUCUUCCCUUUUAAUGGAUUCCUGGAAACUUUUUUUUUUUUUUUUUUUGCUUAUUUUGCCUGCUUGCUUGUAUGGCUCUAUUUUCUUUUGAAAACAAUUUUUUUAAAAAAAAAAAAUUGUGCAAUCGUGCAUCAAAUAACUGUAACCAGUCCUAUGCGUGCCUGUUCAAAAAGCAAACACCACUAUGGCUGAGUUCACACAAUGCAACAGAGACAUUAAAAUGGAGAAUAGCUUGGGAUUCAGUUUUGGGGGAUUGUAAUCUAUUGUGGAAACCAGGCCACGAUAUUUAGUUAUCCUAAAGGGUUUUUUGGCUAUCCCAAGUCGAGGGUCCAAAAUGUUGUGUGAACACAGCCAAGGAAUCUUAGAAUACCUUUAAAUGUCUUACGGUAUAAGCUUUGUAUGUUAUACUUCCCUAGGAAUAGGUCCCGUUGAUCUUAACUGGGAUUAACAGCCCAACCCAUAGAUAUUGGUCUUCCUCCCACUCAGUCUUACUGGAAGCUUGUCUCAACCUUUCCAUGAGAUAUGAACAAUUUCCUGCAUUCAGCAGAGGUUUUUUCCAAAGCAGAUCUACAUCAAGCAAUGUUACAGUCAUUUUCUGGUUACAUUCAAUACGUUUUAAUGGCCGUUUUCUAUUUCCCAGUUUAAGGAUGUAUAAACAUACACAAUGUUAGGCAUCAAACUAUGUCAGGGAGAGACAUGACUGAAGCACAAGCUUAAUAUUAAGCACACAAGGGGUCCCAGGGAAUCUUGAUCAAUCGGAGGACUUUGGAGGGGGAGAGAGAACAAAGUAACAUAAAAGGCGCAUGGACUCAUUGAUUGAAUGGGCAGAGGGGAACCCUUCUGGACAGAACCGUUAGCUGAAACAGAGGUGGACUUGCAAGGAAUACGGUCCAGCAUUUAUUUUUCAACCGUAAAUAACAAUUAUUCAGAGUCAUCAAAUCUCCUUCUAGGAGAGGAGGUACUCUAUUGUAUAUCUUGCUCUCACUGGACUGGGAGAGACACAGCUCAGGCAGAAAAUACACCAGGGGUGGGUGGGGUGGGGGUCUCUUCAGAAGGACAGGCUGAUUUUCCUGUAUGGGCUCCCCUUUGCGAUGUGGCGUCCCACAUACAUACAUUGUAAAUAAAAGUCAAUAUAUUGUUUGUGGGCUCGUGAGUGUUCGGUCUUGUCUCCGUUUCCCAAAUGCUGAAGGAAGCAUGCGGGGAUGCUACUUGAGACCCAAAGGGAGGGAGAUCGAUUCCCUGGCCUUGAAACAACAACUGGAGUGCACCCACAACCAUUUUGAUACAAAUUCUUUGCAAGGGUCAAAGCACUGAAAUACUUCAGUCGAACAUUGAGCUGAAAAAGGUAAGGUGGCUAUUGGAUGUAUUAUGCUAAAGCACAGUUUCUUUAGCUAGGAUUUUAUUGAAUAAGCCACCAUUGACAGGGUUUGCCCAGAAGGGUAAUCCAGAAACUGAGCAAGCCAUAUUCUCAGUGGUACAGAAUGAAGCACAGGUAAUCCUCAACUUAUAACCAUUGGGGUAAGUGACCAUUUGAAGUUAUAAUGACACUGAAAAACAGUGACUUAUGACUGGUUUUCACAUGACCGUUACAGCAUCCCCAGGGCCAUGUGAUCACAAUUUGGGCAUAAUUUUGAAUGCAGUGUCCUGGGAUCAUGUGAGCCACUGUUUGUCAGUUCCCUAGCUGGGUUCCGACAAGCAAAGUCACUUAAGGACUACAUGAUUCCCUUAAAAAUAGCAGAGAUUUGCUUAACAGCCG